GUGUUUUUCGCCAAAACCGCAAAAGCACGUUUUUCCGUCAGAACAAUUUAACACGUUUUCACACCAAAACUGGGAGAACUCACUUUCCCGCAAAAAUGCUAUUAUCCGCCUAAACCACAAAAAAUAUUUUAUCAUUUUGAUCAAUUUGGUCUUAACUUAAAAAUAAUUCAUUAUAAAGAUAUUGGGUUGAUGGGUCAACCAUUAACCCAUCUAACCUAUUUAAUUUAAUGAGUCAUGGGUCAACCCAACCUAUUUAAUAAAUGGGUUGGGUUGACCCAUGACCCAUUAACAGUAAACCCAUUUGGGUUUUGGGUUGGGUUGAACCAUUUGACCCAUUUUGACACCCCUACCUCUACCAUGUCUGGUUUUGACAUUAUUAUACAAAUAGAUCUUCACAAGUCUCUGCUUUGAAAUCUGGAAAGGCAAAAAAUACAAUUGUCUACGCUUUGAAAUCAGGAAAGGCAAAAUCCAUUUUUCUCUAAUAUAUAAAGCUGCUAAAGCAACACAUGGUUCAGCACUUUUGAGAUUAACCUAUGAAUCAACUAGUCAUAUAUAAUUCAUCAAGGCAGCCUUCUAGUGCUACUUUAUUUACGUCAAGUAAAAGAUUCUCCCCAUAUAGAUGUCCUCAAUAGAUCACAGACAAGUUAGCCUAGAGUCAAAUGUUCCAUAAUAGUCAAGGAAGAGUAACCAGGAAACAAGGCAGAAGAAACAAAUACACCAAUAUUAUUGAAAAAAGAAACAAAAUCAAUCUGCUAACUAUUGUUUAUGAAAGAAAAAAUACAGGAAGACAUCCUAGGCUAAUCAGCCAUAAAGCAACAAGGCAUUCAGAGGCCAAGAUAUAUUCAGUUAAAGUGCAGAGAGAAAGAGGUCAAGCAGCAAUACAUUCAUCAAUCCAGAGAUUUUAAAAGAGGUUGCAAUCACGUUAUCACCACGAAGAGAGCAUCUUCGCCCUCCCACAAAACUGAUUCAAACAUCCAUUCCCAACUCAAUUUGGUCAUUAGCAUUAACAAACAAGAGUUUCACUUGGAAACAGAGAUUAAACUUCAAGCAGAGAACAUCAACUCCACAAGCAAUGCAUGGAGCAAAUGAACACCGUGUUAUAGAUAUGAACUGAUGAUGCUGAUUCUAUAAGGACCACUUCGAGCACCAGGCACACCAUAACCACCACCCAUUGGUCCAGGCUCAGCACCAACAUCCUGACCCAAUGGCUUCCGUUUCUUACCAUCUAUAGCCAACUUACACUGCAGCUGGAUUCCAUCAACCACCUUUAUAGGAUCAUCAGCAAAGUGCAUCUUCAGAACUCUUCUACACAAACAACGCAAAGCCUCUCUUGAUUUACUCUUAUAUAAGCGUAAGUAAAUUAGGCUUGUCGCGGUGACUUUUAUAAGGCCAAUAAAAUAAGACGAGGCCCAUAUAAGGCCCAUUAGUUCUCCCUUAUCCGUUUCACCUCCCGCUCUCUCUCUCUCUCUCUUCUCCAUCAAUGGGACUCGCCGAAAGUGCGAUCAAACUGAGAGGAGAAACUUCGUGCUGUGUUCCUUUUUGCAGAGGGGUGAUGAUGAAAUACCCAAUUCGAUGCGUUUGGUGUUUCCCAAAUACAGUUUACUUGAAUCUCAAAGAACCCAAAAGCAUCUUCAGAACAUCUAAUUCGCUUGCUUCGUUAAAUGCUACGAGAGGGUUGGAGUUGAAACCUGCUGCUACUGUACGGUCAUUGUACAAUGUGUGUGAGAUUCGUAGCAAGCCAAGACUUUUAAAGAUGCAGGCUUUGGAGAAAGAUACUACUGCUGAAGCUGAUAGGGAGGUGAGAGAAGAGGAAAGGCGAAGGAAGAUUGGAUUAGCUAACAAAGGAAAGAUACCAUGGAACAAAGGAAUUAAACACUCUCAAGACACUCGGAGACGAAUCAAGCAGAGAACUACUGAAGCUUUGAGAAACCCCAAGGUUCGGGAUAAGGUGUCUGAGCAUCAACAACCUCACAGUGAUGAAACCAAGGAGAAGAUAAGAGCUUCAAUGAAACAAAUUUGGGCAGAAAGGUUAAGAUCCAAGAGGUUAAAGGAGAAGCUUACUUCACUGUGGUCAGAGAGCAUUGCAGAAGCUGCAAGGAGAGGAGGAAGUGGUGAGGUGGAACUCGAUUGGGACAGCUACGAGAAAGCAAAACUAGAGAUUUCAUCUGAAGAGAAAGCUAGAACAAAGGAACAAAACAAGGUGAGAGCAGAAGAAACCAAGACAGAGAAGAAGGUGAGGAGAGUUGUGGAAAGACAGAAAGAACGGCAAGAGAGAGACCAGAGAGGAGGAAAGACUCGAAAACCACAACAGAACAAGGAGAGUACAACUACUGCCUCACGCUCUAAACUGAAGAAGAGACUCACAAAGAUUCAUAAGAAGAAAACAAGUCUUGGUAAAGUUGCUAUUGGAAAAGAUAAGGUGGUUUCAGUUGCAGCCAAGCUGGAGAAACUGGACUUGGAGCUGAUAAUGAAAGAGAGAAGAAGAGGAGAUAUCUCACUUUCUGAUCAGAUCCAAGCUGCCAAGAACCAAAGAGGAAAUGAUUUUUCAUCAAGAUUUGGUCUUUUUGCCAUGAAAUCGAUGGAUUUUGAUUGACUCUUUUCAACUCAUAGUUUAUAGAGUUGCCCCUUUGCUC